AUGAGAAUUAAAAAGACUAACCUGGUUCAUGGAGACUCGAGUCGUAACAAAGACAGCAUGACUAUUUCUAAUGAAAGCCCUUAUCAGGAAGUUAGAAGUGUGAAAGAGAAUUUUCUUAGACCCAAGACUAAGCUCCGUGCUGGUGCUUGGAGUGUCCGUAUUAUGUACGAAACAUCAAAACUUGCACAAACUACAAAUGAGAUGAAACGCCACAAGAUACAGAUCCUAGGAAUCAGCGAAGCACGCUGGACCGGUUCGGGAAAAAUCAAAACAAAUGACGGAUAUACGGUAAUUUUCUCAGGUAAUGAAAACAUUCAUUUAUACAGGGUUGCUGUUAUAAUUGACAAAGAAAUCUCAAGUACACUGUUGGAGUGGGAACCUAUCAGCGACAGACUGAUCCGAGCAAGGUUUAAUUCAAAAUACUGCAAACUAUCUGUUCUACAAUGUUAUGCCCUAACUAAUGAUGCAGAUGAAGAUUGA